AUGACUGCAUGUUCAAAUAAAAUUGUUAUGACAUUAAUUAAAAUAUUAGAUUAUAAGCAACAAUAUGAUAAAAUUGGUCUCGACACUAUAUUAUCCCUGUUAGAAAAAUUGUGUCGAUUUUCAAUAACAUCAAUCGAAUUAAAACAAAUAUUUUCAUAUUAUAAUAUAAUACUUUCUCGUACAAAUGCAGAUGAAAUACAUGAAAAAGAAGAAUUUCUCUAUAGAAAACAGUUAUUAAGAAUAAUGACAACAGCAGCGACACCCGAUGAUCAAGAUGGUGAAAAUGUUUCUUCUUAUUUUGACUUAGAACGAACAAAUGGUGGCAUUAUUGUUCCACCCAUAAAACAAUCUUAUUCGUAUGCUCAACGUCGUCAAUUAUACAGUUUUUAUUCUGAGAAUGGUUUAGGUUUUGAAGCAUUUCUCGGUGCCAGUAGUACAUCAUUGUAUUUACUCGUUAGUGAUCAUAGGGAAUUAACCUAUGUUGAAAUACCCGAAUAUGUUAAACAUUUUAAAUAUCCAACUAUAUCAGAAAUAUUUACAUUGUCAAGUAUAGGUUCACCUAGCCGACGACCGUAUCAUUCAAAAUCAACAAUUUUAAAUAGUCGAAAUAAAAAUCAAUCAAAAUUAACGGGUAAAAUGAUUCAAUCAUCUAAAGGUUUAUUUAUGAUGGCAUCUGGUACACAACAACAAAUGAAUAAAGUCAAUAAAACUCAACAAAAUGUCUUUACUACUACCGAUCCAAAUUGUCAAGAUACGUUGUUUGGACAAUCAACAUCGUUGCAUGGACAAAUGGCAUUUGUCUGGCUCUUAUCGGAUGCACUACAAGAAAAUGAUAUUAAACAAUAA